UUUCGCUCAAUCAUCGAAGUGGUGGACGACUUCCGUACGAUAGCGUUGGGCCAAAUGCGUGUCCACUACCGGUCUUACAUGGAGUCGGGCCAACUCGGCCGCGUGGAACUGUUGCCCAUAUCGUGGCACCAGGCACUGCACGGCGACGAGACCGGCAUCGAUGACCGGUUACGGCAGAUCACCCUGGACAGUAUACCCAAGUUGAGGCACUUUUCCAACGAUACCAUUUUGGACGCCCUGUUCUAUACGAGUCCCGUCUAUUGUCAGACCAUUGUGGACAGUGUGGCCCGCGAGAUGAACCGGCUGUUUGACCUGUUUUGUACACGAAACCCGAACUUUUGCGGAACGGUAGCCCUCGGCGGCCACAGUCUCGGCUCACUAAUCGUAUUCGACAUACUGGCCCACCAACCGGUGGACAACUGCCCGCCACAACCGGCCACACACGACACCGCAGCCAAUGCGGACUCAAUACACACGCAAACAACACCACCACUGACUACAAGACCGACGCAAACAGUAGACAACAGCCCCACUGGUGGUCAGACGCUGGGCUUCCCAGCCAUAAACUACCCGACCCUCGCGUUCAAGCCAUCAGCCCUGUUCGCCAUGGGCUCACCGUUGCCUAUGUUUCUCACCGUACGGGGCGUUCAUUGCCUGUCACCCGACUACCGGCUGCCCACCUGUCCGGCCGUCUACAACAUCUUCCACCCGUACGACCCCAUAGCCUACCGACUCGAGCCGAUGAUAUACCGCGCGUUCAAAGACAUUAAGCCGGUGCUCGUACCGCACCAUAAGGGCCGCAAACGUAUGCACCUGGAGUUGAGGGACAGUAUCGCGCGGGUUGGCACCGACAUUAAGAAUCGUAUCUACGAUGGCCUGCGGUAUACGUGGUCUACGAUCAAUGAGUUCGCUCGAGCGCACCGCCCGCUGAUACCCACUCCCGGCGCCGACAAUAGCGAUACUGACGGCGCGUACGGUCUGGACGGCGACGGCAGCAGUCAAACGAUCGACGGCCUGUCGGAGGAGACACCGGCCGCGGAACAGGCGCUCAGCGCCGGUGCGCUCAACUCCGGUCGUCGUAUCGAUUAUGUGCUACAGGAGUCACCGGUGGAAGCGUUUAAUGAGUAUUUGUUUGCGAUGGCAGCGCACGCCUGCUAUUGGCAGUCGGAGGACACUGCGCUGUUGAUACUGCGGGAACUGUACGGCCAGUUAGGCUACUAUACCGACGCGAACGCUGGUCAGGGCGGGUAUCCCAGCGCCGGUACUCUCGAUACGUUUGGUAUCGCAACGAGCGCUUCCGUACAGAGUUUUGAUGGUUUACUACAUCAACAACAACAACAACCUCUGCCAUCGAUGGCUGUGCCCUCACAGCCGCCGCCACCGCAGCCGGGGUUCGCACCCGGAGUGACCGCCGGCCACACGUUUGACGCCCCGGAGCUCCAGUUUAUUAGCCAUUGA